UCACCGGGUGAGCGAGCUGGCGUCAUGGCGGCGGAUUCUGCUCCGAAGGUUAUAUUUGAACAUGAAGGAGUCUUCAUUCAGCCGAGCAGUGAUGAAGACGGGAUCGAGCAGGAUUUGCUCUUUUCCGGGUCACUGCGGAUUGUUGACAAGUAUGGUGAAAUCAUGUUGGAGUACAAACCUCUGGAAGACACCGUCGACUCAUCAAGCAUGUUGUGUGCUGGAAAGGACUCCAGCUCUGUGGUGGAGUGGGCCCAGUGUCCGGGAGACAAGCCUCAGCUGUUAGAGACGCAGCAGAGCUACGAGACAGAGUGGGACAUGAUCAACGCCGUGUCCUUCAAGAAGAAACCCUGCACAAACGGAGAGGGCUCCCUGAACCACAGCAACGAGAGGAGCAGGUGGGCGUUCAGCUUCAGCCUCAGUGACCUCCGGUCCGUCACAGUGAAAGAGGAAGGCUGGUCCAUCCUGCACUUCAAACUGAUCGAGUCGUCAUCCUCGCCGCCCGCUCUUCACUUCCACCAGGGCGGCAGCAGAGAGUUCCUGGACAGCCUGCGGAGAUUCGCUCUGCUCAGCGAGUCACCUGAUGAUGCGACGUGUCUGUUAGUCAGCACACCCAACAAAGCUUUGUCCCAGUCCUUCGAAAACCUCAUGGACGACAACAACUACACGUUGGCCGGCAAGUUGAGGAGGGAACCGUAUCUGACCACAAUGGGCGGCUUCUCUAAAGUCACCAACUACCUGUUCGACGUCAUCCGGGGAACGGAGGAGCAUCAACAGCGGCCCCCGGAGGAAGUGGCCGACCUGCUGGGUGAAAUCAUCCCGGGACUAGAGAUCAACCAGCAGGAGGAGCCCGGCUUCGAGGUCAUCACCAGGGUCGACCUGGGAACGAGGCCGCAGGUGAGGAGGAGAGAGCCGCUGUCUGCAGAGGAGUGGACCAAACAUCAGGAUCAGGAGGGAAGGAUGCUCAACGUGCCUCACCUCAAACACCUUAUCUUCAAAGGGGGACUCUGUCACGCGUUGAGGAAAGAGGUGUGGAAGUUCCUGCUGGGAUAUUUUCCGUGGAACAGCACGCUGGAGGAGAGGAAAGUCCUGCAGAGAGCCAAAACUGAUGAAUACUUCAAGAUGAAGCUGCAGUGGAAGUCUGUCAGCGAGGAACAAGAGAAGAGAAACUCCAGACUCAGAGACUACAGGAGUCUGAUCGAAAAAGACGUGAACCGAACAGACAGAACAAACCGGUUCUACGAAGGCAUCGAUAACCCCGGCUUGGUUCUCCUCCACGACAUCCUGAUGACGUACUGCAUGUUCGAUUUCGACCUCGGUUACGUUCAGGGGAUGAGCGACCUGCUCUCACCCAUUCUCUACGUGAUGGAGAACGAGGUCGACGCCUUCUGGUGUUUUGUCUCCUUCAUGGACCAAAUGCACCAGAACUUCGAGGAGCAGAUGCAGGGCAUGAAGACUCAGCUGAUCCAGCUCAGCACUCUGCUCAGACUGCUGGACUUGUCCUUCUGGAAUUACCUCGAGUCUCAGGAUUCAGGUUAUCUGUACUUCUGUUUCCGCUGGUUGUUGAUCAGAUUUAAAAGGGAGCUCAGCUUCCAGGACGUCCUGCGACUCUGGGAGGUGAUGUGGACGGAUCUUCCCUGUCAGAACUUCCACCUGCUGGUCUGCUGUGCCAUCCUCGACUCCGAGAAACAGAAAAUCAUGGAAGAGAAUUACGGCUUCAAUGAAAUCCUCAAGCACAUUAACGAGCUUUCAAUGAAACUGGACAUCGAAGAAAUCCUUCAGAAAUCAGAAGGCAUCGGCCUGCAGAUCAGGAGGUGUAAGGAUUUGCCAAACUCUAUCAGCAGCAUCUUGGGCUUCGACAGGGAAGCUCGCGGCUCCGACCCGACGGAUCCCGAAUCGCCUCCGACCGUCCGAGCGCCGUGUCGACAGCAGGACGCCAACGGCUGCUCCAACGGCCACGGACACUUACGAGAAAACUCUCACAACAACAGCUGCAAAGUUGCCUUCAUAUCAUAGUGAACAGCAGAGACUGACUCAGUGACGCCCCCCCCUCCCCCCCCACACUUCCUCCUUCCUUCCCCGCACCUCCUCCGAGAAGAGAGAAGAAGAAUGUAAAAAGGAUUUAAGAUUAUUGAGAAUCUUAUUUUUGUAAUUUCUUGUACCAUAUUGUCUCUUUCAGUCUAAAAAAAAAAAAAGUCAUUCCUUCUCUCUUGCUGAAGAUGUUUUCUAAGACGGGCAGAGCGUCGUAUCGUGACCUGUAGUGUGUUUUAUCUCCUCCGCCACACUGCUGACAGCGUAUAUAUAAAUAUAAAUAUAUAUAAAUAAAUAUCUUUUUUUUUUUUUUUUUUUUUUAAAUCUGACAAACAUCUCCAUCGCGCCCCGAUCAUCCUCGCCCCUCGCCACCGCCACCACCGCCGCUACGUGUCACAGGUCAAACUUAUAAUAACCUCCUUAUUACAUAACCUCCACUCAGUAUUAAUCAGUAAAUAUGAAAUAGGUCGUUUCAUGUGCGGCGGAAUAAAGAUAAACAACAACUUUUCCCCUGACGUGUAAUGAAAAUGUUGAUUUGUGGGAUUUUUCUUUUGUUGUUUUUUUUAAAAAUAAAUAUAUAUAUUGUGAUGCUUAUGAACCCGAACAGAUCAUAUUUAAAGGAAUAACGAGGCAUGUUGGGAAAUAUGCUUUUGGGUUUCUUACCUCGAGAUAAAUAAGAUUAAAAUUAAAGGAUAAUUCCACUUUUAUUUACACUUUUUUUUUUAAAGCAUUACACAAACUAAAUAAGCGACAGACCUGCGAGCAACUACACGAGAUGUGACGACAUUAUCACAGCUGACAGGAGACUUCAAGAUGGAAUAAAUAAAAGUGGAUUUAUCCUUUUUUUUUAACCCCUGAUAUGAUUGAUGUGGCAGUUUGAGGUCACAACAUCUGAUUUAAUCGCCUGAUUGAUCAAUAAUCGCUCAUGUGAAGAAGAAAAAAAAAAAAGGGAAAAAAAAGCAUGUGAAGUGUGAGCUAACACGGCAUUCAACAUUGAUUGAAGUUAUAGUCCUGGUUGGUUGUUUUUUUUUUUUUGGUGUUUUGUUUGAUGUCACCUGUGGUUGCCACGGUAACGGCAGCAGCACAGUGGAGCAGCAGCUGAUGUUUUAUCCAUCAGCAGACAGGUGUAAAAGUUUAAUAAUAAUAAAUCAAACGUGGAGGACUCCUUAAAUGUGGCUGCAACUCCUUUUUAUGUAUCUGAAUUUAAGAAAAGUAAAUAGCAUUAAGCAGUGAGUGAGUUAAUCCAGCUGUGACACAUCUGGAGGAGCAUUAACAGUGAAAUACAGACUACAAGCAUUAACUCUGGAUUAAACGAUGCACUUAAAGCAACUGUGGAGAGAUAAUUACAGACUAUAAAUACACUAAAGUAAUAUUGAUGCACAAAUAUUAACCACAAAUAGAUUGAAAAACAUGUUUAAUGUGACUUUAAUACGUUAAAGUGGCUCAAUUUCCCAAGUAUAUUUCCCAAAAAUGUUGCAAUAUUCCUUUAAAAACAACACAAGCACCUUUCUGAAUCAUCUGGAGCCUUUUUUUUAAAAAUAAACAAAACAAAUAUAAGAGUGAAACCGUCUUUAAAUGUGGAGCAUUAACAAAUGAAACUUAUUGUGUUCACAGCUUUAAUGACGACAGGCCGGUUUUUACUUUGAUUUUUAUCUGCAAUGCUUUUUUUUUUUUUUUGCUGCAGGUUUUGUGAUUUUAGCUCUUUUCAUGUAAUCGAUUCAAAACUUUGGGCAAUAAAAUGAUUU